UAGUUUGUAUUACCGCCAUAUUUAGUGAGUUGAAAGCGUGGAGUGACACUGUUCCAUUCCUGCGAGCUUUUAUGUCCUAUUUACCUUAGUUUUUCCUGAUUAGUAAUAGUUAAUGAUUGUUUUUAAAUGGCCAACAGAGAUAUUGGAGGCAAAAUUCGAUCUAAGCGAUCCUAUACGUCGUCCAAACCAUAUGAUAGGCGAAAGUCAUUGUUUACAAAAUUCACUGACACCGUAAAAGAUAUUUUUGUUCCAUCAUGGCUGUCCGAUUUCAUGAAGAACAACCCCACAGAGAAUUCUCAAAAUACUGUGAUUGACGAAGAAGAUCAAAAUGGAAAUGAAAUUAAAGACAGUGAUGACAACAAUUAUUCUUCACCUCAUGAAAGCCCAGUUGUUGGUGACCGGCGUCCAGCUCAACCACGGCCGUUGCACCCUGAAUAUACCAACUAUCAUCAACAGGUGAAAGCAGUUUCUAGAAGGUCAGCAAUGACAGGCUAUGCAGCUGAUCAUAUGCCGGGUAAUCAUGAGAUGCAGUAUCCGCCAGGACCGAGAUAUUCUACCUCAAAUCAUGAUGGUUCAUUGCCUCAUGCUGGCCAAAUUUCAGAGACGAUCCCCCGGUUAGGUGAUAAACAGAACUGUCUCUCUCUCACUGGAGCAGAUAUUGAACAACUCAAGAAUCGGUUACAUCCUUCUGCUGACACCCAGCAUGGCUCAGACAUGAAUUAUCAAUCAACUCCAGCAUCUGUUAAUGAUGAUGAUGAUGGGAAUGGCAGCAUUAGUGUUGAUCCUGAAGAUAGCUGUGAUUGUGAAAGUUCUAAAGUGUGGAGCAAUAUAUCCUAUAUUAAAAAGAAUGAAAGUGACUCUUUUCGGACAAAGCCUAGAUUUGAACCUUCUCUGCUUGUCUCUCCCUUCUUGAAAGAUUCCUUGCUCUCUGAUAGUCAGCAUGAGUCUUCAUUUUAUGGCGGUAAAACACAGUAUGGUGGGGCUUCUUCUAAGAGAAAAAUGCGCCUGAAAGAAAGUAAUCCAUAUUCUGCUGCCACACCAUAUCGGCGUCAAGUCAACGCUAAACCACUGCAUAAGAACAGUACUGGGGCCGUAACAAGUUCUACAGCAAAACGGAUCUCAGAUAUUUUAGAAAUGAUGGCAACUCCUAUAUCAGAUGCUCGUAAGAUUCCAAUGAAUAAUCACAAUUUGGCGGAUACAGUUCUACAGUUUUCUCCAUCCAAUUUUAAACGACGCAGUAGACCAUCUGUUGCAGUUUCAACUUUUAGUAGCGAUUCUGAAAAGCUACCACCGAGAGGUCCACCAACAGUUAUGUUAAAUUCCCCAUCAAAAGCUAUCAUAGCCAAAAACAGGCAGUCAGUAUAUAGCGCUUUCAAGAGCUCUCCAACUAUAGAAAACACCCAGAAGCAAACGGAACAUAUUAACAAAGUAAGCAGCUACACAGGGAAAGAUACUUCUGAAGAAUCGGCUAGAGUCUUUGCGACAACCCCACAGUCUGUCUCAGUUGAGAAAACAACAACAACAGUAGCAGCUACAGCAACAGCUUCAAUAUCAACAGCAUCAGCAUCAUCAGCAAAAAUAACAACAACAACAACAGCAUCCAGUUUCUUUUCUAUACCCUUGGUAACCCAACCAACAGUUACGAGUGUUUCAGAACCCUCACCUUCUCUAGGGAGACCACCAAUUAGUGGUAAGAUGAAGAGAGAGAAAAGUUAUUCUACAAGAGGAAGUUCAAUGAAAGAUUUAGAUGAUGAAGCUGAGGAGCCUGUACAACUGAAGACUGAUUUUGUCCUGCCUGUCACAAAUGUGCCCAAAUUCUCUUUUGGAAUAUCAACAAGCAGCUUUUCUAAUCAAUCCGGAAGAUCCACUUUCACACCUCUUGCAACUACUACUACUUCUGCUGACAAGUCUAAUAGCGGAACUGCACAGUCUCCUGCAACAACAGCAACUAUAACAGCAACUCCUAGCUUUGGUGCUAGCACUAGUUUCGGCGCUAACACCAGCUUCACUUCAUCAGAAUCAGAUUUUAAAUUCUCUACUCCCAUACAAACAACACUACCGGAUACAAACUUGGUAUCUGAAGGCUUACCUUCAGUUUCAGACUUUAAAUUCAGUUCUCCUGACAAAGUAAUUGUAGACUCUGCAAAACACUCGUUCCAGUUCAGUGCUUCGUCAACUUUGCCUAAACCAAAAUCAACUUCCAUCUUUGAUGAAAAACCAGCUUUUACACUGAACACAUCUGGCAGUAAACCAGUUGAAAGCAGCAGUGGUAGCGGCAGCAGCAGCGGCAGCUUUGGAGGGAUUCAACCUGCUUCCACUUUGAAGACUGGAAGUGUAAUGGAUAUACUUGGUGGUGGUCAGAAAAAAGAAACUCCCAAAGCACAAGUUGAUCCUUUGAUGGCCAAGUUUUUAACAGUUGACACUUGGGAUUGUGAUGCUUGUAUGGUCCCGAAUAAAACUGAAAGCAAAAAAUGUAUUAGUUGUGGGACACCAAAACCAGCUCCAGCUUCAACUAAAGCUCCAACGACUACGUCUAGCAUUGCAACUGACAGUUUGAUGGCAAAGUUCAUCAGUUCACCUGACUCCUGGGAUUGUGAAACAUGUAUGCUGCUAAACAAACCUGAAGCUACGAAAUGUGUGGCUUGUGGAGCAUCGAAGCCAUCAGCAACUCAACCAAAAGCAGGUGUAUCUUCACAACCUGAUAGCUUGAUGGCAAAAUUUAUGCCAUCAUCUGGUUCGUGGGAGUGUGAUACUUGUAUGAUUCAGAAUAAAGCAGAAGCUACAAAGUGUGUUGCUUGUGAAACACCCAAACCGGGUUCUAAAUCAACACUCUUUACUCCUACUAGUACAACCGUUGCCCCAACUUCAUCUGACAAAGUUGAUCCACUAAUGGCGAAGUUCAUGAAAUCGGAUUCAUGGGAAUGUAGUGUGUGUAUGUUACAGAACAAACAAUCAGACAGUGUCUGUGUUGCCUGUCAAACUGCCAAUCCUAAUGCGCCGCCAGCACCACCAUCAAAUGCUGCUAGCCAUAUGGUUCAUUGUUUGUCUCAGACUGAAAAACAAUCAGUUGGGACCAGUAACUGUCAGCUUGAUAAAGCCUUGUCUAUGUGGAAAUGUGAUACAUGUCUCGUCUCCAAUCCACUACAUUGUAGAAAGUGUAUUGCUUGUGACACCCCUCAUAUCAAGCCUGCAGUUAUUGCCACAAUUGCUGCCAAUUCCUCAGGUUCAGUUGAUGUUUUGCCAAAAUUUGGUGUCAUAACCUCAUCAGGUUUCAAAUUCAAUGCUGCAAGUUCUUCAUCUGAUUCUGCACCAGCUUCUUCUGCUUUCAAAUUUGGUACAAGUUCCACAUCUGAUGCGGCACCAAUUUCUACAGGCUUCAAAUUUGGUUCUGAACCUGCACCAAUUUCUUCGGGUUUUAAGUUAGAUCCCAACGUGUCAAGUGCUCCAAGCAAUGGGUUUAAAUUUGGAGUACCAUCUUCACAGGAAGAUUCAACUAAAACUGAAUCUGGGGUUGGAAGCUCGACCGGUUUUAAAUUUGGUUUUGUAUCAUCAGUACCUGGAAACAAACCUGGCAGUGACUUCAAAUUUGGUAACAGUGAUGAUAAAAAAGAGAAAAGUGAUGACCCGCCAAAGCCUGCUAGUUUUGUCUUUUCACAACCUAAAUCUGGUGGCUUUGGAUUUAACGUUAAGGAAUCAGCAGCACCUUUAGCUGAUCCCUCUACUUCAAACAGUGGCAACAGUUCUUCACUGAACUGCACAACUGCAAGUGCAGCACCACCUAUUACAGCUCCUACUUCUACUUUUGCUACGGCAGCUUCAUCAUCGUCAUCAUCAUCAGGGUUUUGUUUUACGGGGACAGAUAAGCCUGUUGCUGCUGGUUUCAAGAUGCCUGCUCCUGAUACAAAAACCACUUCAUCAGCCGCACUACCAGCAUUUUCAGUCAGCACAGAGAAAUCAGCAACACCUAUUUUUGGCACUGCAGGGAGUUCUGACAGCACUAAGAAUGUUGCCAGUACCUUUAUAUUUGGUAGUGACAGUAACAAAAAUACCAAUCCUCCAUCUGUUGCAGCACCUAAAUCAUCUUUCAGUAUAACUUCACCCUUGAAGCGAGAACGUGAUGAUGAAACAGAUGGACCGAGUGGAGCUAAACGUUCGGUGACCUCUGCUUCUGGCAACACAACAACACCUGCUGCUGACUUCAACUUCAGUGCUGCAGCUCAACCUAAUGCUAUUUUCUCUGGAGGAUUUACUCCUUUCUCUGACUCUGCUAGUAAGAAUCCUUUCUCUGCCACCACUACCAACAGCAGCACAGCUUCAAACAGCCAGCAGUUUCAAUUUGGGAAUUCCUUACCAGCGUUUGGUGUAAUAAGUAGCAAUAGUAGUAGUGGUAGUGGUGCCAACAGUGGUAGUAGCAGUACAACUGCUCCUUCAACGUUUACUUCUCCUGGCUUUAAUUUCCCCUUGGCUCAGACGACUGCCGCAACCCCUACUGUUACCACUACUACUCAGUCAACCCCAGCUUUUGUGUUUGGCAGCCCAGCCUCUGCGGCCAGUUCUCCUGCUACUUUUGGGGCCGCGGCACCUUCAUUUCCAUUUAGACCAGCCAACCCAACACCACCAUUGUUUAACAGCAAGCCUUUUAAUGUAGCUACUACCACACCUGCAACAACUAAUUUUACCUCCAACCGUGGCUCUGAACCAUUUAGCUUCCCCAAUACCGGUGGUGUGUUUCAGUUUACUGGAAAGCAGCCAAGUGACAAUACUACUACUGCUGCUACUACUGCUGUGAAUAGUAAUUUGUUCCAGUUUGGUCAGACCCCUUCUACAAACACAAAUCCCGGUCCUCUGGGUACUGGAACAUCAGCAGGGUUCCAGUUCAAUGCAACCCCCCCAAAUUUCAAUUUUACUUCUGGAGGAUUCACAUUCAGUGGCAACAGUGACAGCUCUCAACCCCAGAGUGGCCGUGUUGUGAAGAAAGCCAUCAGAAGAACCCGGAAAGUGUAACAACAGCUGCUGCUGUGAUGAGGGAACAUUCCGAUAGAACAUUGAAAAGUCUGGUGGCACCUCUCCUACUCCAGCUGGGCCACACAGCAGUUAAAACUCUUUUAGACAAAACAAUUAAAUUAUCAGGUGAUACCCCCCUCCCCAUCUCACUCUCCCUCUCUUUGUAAUUUUUAUUCUUUCUGUAACUUCCUGUAAAUUCUCAAACUUAGUCUCCUCUUCCUCUCCCCGUCCCGCCUCACACACCGCUGUCAGCUUCCUUUUCUUGCUUCUCAACAUCACACACAGGCUGUCAGCUUCUUCUCCUCCUCCUCCUCUCCACCCCACCCCCACUCUCCUACUAUUCCUUACAUCAUUUACAUACGGACAUGGAACACCCAAGAUGUGGAGAUCUGUUUUUGACAGAAAGAAAUUUGUAAAUAAACAUUAUCUGAACAUUUUAAACCUUUUUAACUGUAGAAUCUGUUUCUUAAUGAAUCGAUCUUCUCAAAAAAAAAAAAAAGAGUCCUGAGAAAUCAGAAACGUUUUUAUCGCCCUCCUCCCCACCCCUCUUAUCAUUUGUCAAUAUUUCAACUUAUUUAAUCCCUGCUUCCUUCCUCAUCCCUCUGCAGCUACUUCCGUUCUCUUUUGUCGUUUGUAUCUACACUUUUAUUUUCGUGCUUAUUAUUACUGGCUACCUCUUCAGUCUUAUUGCUUGGCAACUACCUUACGUGUCACGCUAUAUUUCUACGUCUAUGUGCUUGUUUCAGUUUCAGUAUACAUGUGCUUGUGUCGUAUAUACUUAUAUAUAAUGUAUAUUAUUUAUCAUCAUCAUUUGACAUCCAUGUUCCAUGCAUGUGUGUUACAUUUAAUAUAUGUCCCCUCAUCAUCAUCAUCGCCAUUAUUCAUGCUCGACUGGGUUGGUUAGCCCUUCUCUAGCACAGUGUCUCGUCACUGAUAAGGAAACCAGCCACACAAACCUUUUUAGAAUUUAACCUUCUGAGAUCAACCCUCACCACUUGUCAUGUCUUCCUAGGUUUUCCCUCCCAAUACACUACAUGUUCAUAUCAGGUCAGUCUUUCUUGCACUCUACGUCUGGUUCUGCGUAUACCAUUUUCCCUCAUUCAUACACACCAGCAUUAAAUAUCCUUUAGAGCAUACUUACUUCAUUUCUUUCCAGCCUUCAUACAUCCUCUCUUCAUUCAAUGCAUGUUUCUCUACCAUGCAGCGUUGUAUUAUACAAUCUGAUGGCAAAAACAACCUCUUUGUAGCCAAUAGAUGUAAUAGUUUCUUGUAUUUUUUUUGCUACUCAUUCUGACUACUAUGCUUUCAGUAAUCUCUCCUUCACUGCUACUUUAGUCAAAUAGGUAACAAGAAUUCUCAAAUACUUCUAGAGUAUUCGACCGCAUCUUAUAGUAGCAUCUCUGUUCUUGGUCUUCUUAGCAUUAAUUAGGGUGAAGAGUGACACUUUCAUUACAUAUGCACUUUUCACUAGUAAGGUCUUCUUUCUACUAGCACGCUGCUCUGUAAUGCAGUCUCUCUCAUCGGAGAGCAUUGACCAACCUCUUGCUUUCAGUUUCUCUCUUUGCUUAGUACAUCUUCUGUUGCCCCCCAUUCCCACUCUUUAUUCCAUUCUUUCCGGCUCUAUCUACUUUACCAUUCUAGCGUCCUUUCACUUUUUUGUCUGGCUGGACUAUUAGUACAUUCACUAAUCUGGUCUAUGGCUUGCAUCAAGUUGUCUUGUAUGUCGAAGGACUCUGUUAGGAUUCCGUUUCUCCGUGUCAUAUAGUACUACUUUAAACCUACAUCUGGCUCAGAGAUCACUUGGCUUCUCCAGAUUGUUUUUGUCAGUGUUAGGAUGUGUGUUUGCCUGACUGGUAGGAGACCAGCCAUGAUCCUCUCGGUUGCCUACCAUGUCUCAAACACAGUAAAAUACAGGGGGUUCUUUUGAUCAUGUCAGUCCUGUUUGUAGUGUAUAUGCAAAGGCUACCAUUGUUGUCUACGUUAUUCUCUCUGAUUACCUGAGUUGCUUUAAUCAUUUGUUUGCCAACAGUAUACCUGCUCCACCCAUCUGUGUGAGAGUAUAAUACACACACACACACACACUAGCAUGGAAAAAUAGAUGUAUGAUGAUGAUGCACAAAUAGUUUUUUUCUUUUGUUUGUUUGUUUUUAACUAUCAAAUAUUUUGCUGUAAACUCCUUUAUGUCGUUCUGUGAAUUGCUUGCGGAAAGCUUCUAAAUUCUUGUUUCAUUUUUAACCAUGCUUUGGCUUCUGCUUUCCAAUUUUAACUCACCAACCAGCUGCAUAUUUUGUUGGGUGGAGGGUGUCUGCAUAUUACACACACAACCACCCUAUUUCUAACCAUUCAGCUCUUAGACCAUCUAUGAUCCUCAUAAAACCACUGUUUAAAAAAAAAAAAAAAAAGUUGGUAGUUUAAUAUUAUUAGUUCUGCCUCCAGGUUGUUUCUCGUUAGAUUCCAUGCUAGACUAAAUCCCUGAUUGCAGCUAGUAUUCUAUUUAAUAUAGAAACCACAUAAUUGCAAUGUUCAUCAUCAGUAAAUAAUUAUUUAAACUAAAACUAUUCAGCCACUUAUAUUGAACUUUUCCAAUGUGGAGGUUUAAUGUGCUUCAAGAAAGAAUAUUUCAUUGAAAAUCUCGUUCUCACCCAAAAACUAAUUUUAAUUAAACAGUUCUGGUUAUUUCUGGUCUAAACUUGUUUCCACCUUGUCGCUGUUACCCUUUUAACUUUCGCUAAAAACAACUGAAAUUUGAGGCUUUUUAUUUGAUUCCUAUUAUUUUAGUCCCCUCUCCCACCAACUUAGAUUAAAAUAACCAAAAAAAAAAGACCCCUUAAAUAUUUAGCUUGUAUUUUUUAAACUAUGCUUUAUAAUAUAACUAUGGCCAAGUCAUAUAAUUUGUGUGUGUGAUUGGUGUAUCUGUUCAAUUAAAGCAGCUGCCACCUCUGUCGAGCUAAAACAGAUUUGUCAUUUCUGCUGACACUUAGAUAAACUGAACAGAACUUUAAAGUGACUUAGCUUCCUGGAGUUGCGUCUAGCUACUGAAAUUUCCUCUUUCCUCUCUUGUAGACAACAACACUAUUUGUAAGUUAAGGUCGAACAAUUGUAAAAACCAUCAACAGCAUUUUUAUUGCUGCUGUGAAUUUACGUGUAACGUCAACUUCCAGAAUAUUUGUAACACGCAUCCAAUGGCACUACAUUACUUACUGUACAUAGUUACUAAAACUUUUGCUGCUCACUAUUUCUCUACAAUUAGCUUCAUGAAGGGGUGAAAUCUUCAUAUACUUUGCACUAAUAUUUUUUAAAAUAUAUAUACAUCAAUAAUUCCCCCCUCCAUUCUAACUGUGACUUUGGCCAUAUGUAUUGUAUAUAAUUUUAUCUCAGCAGGUCGAUGACAAAUAUCUGUAGCAACUUCAUUCUCCUGUGGAGAAAUUAUUCAACAUUUGGGAAGAUUAAAACUGCUUGUCAGUGCAGUAUUUAGCACUAAUUUGUGAAUACUUGACUCUUUUUGAAGUCUCAAGACCAUUUUCGGUUGGUAAUUGAUGUAAGAUGUUCACAGAUCUUUUGACUACUUUCUGUGAGGGACAUUUCAGACAAAAUUUAUUCUUUCAAUGAAAAUUAUUUUAUAGAGAAUCUAUCAACUUCCAUAGACUUGUCUGCAUUAUUUCAGUUCUUGCUUCUAUUUUACCAUUAUAUCUAUUAUUCUCUCAGAGGAUUGAAAGUUUCAUUAAGAAUUGGUCAGACUAAUUUAAUUUUAAACAAGUCUCAUUAGUUGAAGUGAAUGUGAUACAUAAUACAUCUCUAACUGCCCAAAGAUGGUCUACAAUGUUUAAAUACACACCAAGGUCUUUGCUUCGGUAUUCCUUCUACUUUGGUUUUCUCUGUACAUUUACCAGUUCUACACAUCAUGUUUAAUUAAAUAGGAUUACAUUCUACUUUCAUAAUGUCUCUCUCUCUCUAUUUUAUAAGCCUUUUAUAAAUUCUUUAGCACAGUCAGUAUUUUCUAUUAAGUCAAAACAUUCCUUUGGUUUUUAAUGUCGCCCUUAUUAUCACUAAUACCUCUCCUUUCUCUCCUCUAGAGAAAAAUAAUACAGGCAAAGACCUUGGUUUAAUAUAAAUUCGGAAACAGAUUGCUUACAUUUAUGAAUUUUUGGUAAAAUUGCCAAUGUUAUAUUUUUAUCCAAAUUUUAAGCUGUGAUAUUUGUCAUCUGCAAAAUUUAUCAUUGUAUUCAUGUUUGUUUGCAGAAUUUCACAGAUAUAAUCAGAAGCCUGGCCUUUUUCCCCCCCAAAGCCUGGCCCUAUUUCAGUAAGGCUACAUUAGCCAACCCCAAAAUUUAUUAUAAAAAUCAUUUUCAGGAAUUCAAAAACAGAAAAAAAAAAGACUUUAAAGUUCUAUUUUUACACAUUUGGAUGCAUGAAGAAUGGAUGUGUGAAAUUCUGCUGAAGACAGGCUCUUAUUGUGCUCUGUUUAAGGUGUCAUGUGGUGGAAGAUUGAGGCAUACAAACUGAUCACUAUGCUAUUGUGACAUUAAACUAUGUAAGCCACC